AUGGAAAGUUUUCAAAAUGAGAGUGGCAGUGCACAUGAGAAUGUUGAUGAUUAUUCUCCUUUGUGGAAAUUUGUAACCAAGGUGGAAAAGGCAGUUGGAGGAGGAAAUGUUACUUGGUCAUGCAAUAUAUGUAAUAAAGUGUGCAAAGGAUCAUAUUCAAGGGUGAAAGCACACCUGUUAAAACAAAAAGGUGCUGGAAUUGCAGGUUGUACAGCUGUUACAAUGGAUCAAAUGAAGCGUAUGCAACAACUUAUUGAUGAUGCAGAAUUGAGAAAGAAGAAUUCUAAACAAAAAGAAGUUCCGCUGCCUUCGUCAUCUGCAUCAUCAAAUAUGGCUUUAAAAUCCUCAUUUUGUACUAGUGGUAUUUUGCAAAAUGAUGAUCCAACAAAGAAGAGGAAAGGACCACUUGGCCCGCUUGAAAAAUCUUUUAACUUGAAUGUCAUAGAUGAGCUCCACUCUGAAAUUGCAAAGUUGUUUUACACUGGGGGAUUAUCUUUCAAUAUUGCUAGGAAUCCUCAUUAUGUUCGUGCUUUCAGUUUGGCUACUCAACGAACAAUUCCAGGUUAUCUUCCACCUGGAUACAAUUUAUUGAGAACUUCACUUCUUCAAAAAGAAAAAGCUCAUAUUGGAAAGCUUUUAGAGCCAACAAAAGCUGCUUGGAAACAAAAGGGAGUUAGUAUUUGUAGUGAUGGGUGGUCGGAUGUGCAAAGAAGACCGCUAAUUAAUAUCAUGGCUGUCUGCGAAAGUGGUCCUAUGUUUUUGAAGGCGAUAAAUUGUGAAGGUGAGUACAAGGAUAAAGCUUUCAUCUCUAAGUUGCUCAUUAAUACCAUAAAUGAAGUGGGACAUCAGAAUGUUGUCCAAGUGGUCACCGAUAAUGCUCCUGUUUGCAAAGCUGUUGGGCUACUCGUUGAGGCAAAGUACCCACACAUAUUUUGGACUCCUUGCGUUGUGCACACAUUGAAUCUUGCUUUGAAGAAUAUUUGUGCACCGACUGACUCUCUACAAAACAAAGAAGCCUUUGAUGAAUGCAAGUGGAUAGCAGAAGUAGCAAAUGAUGCUUCAAUGAUCAAGAAUUUUAUCAUGAAUCACAAUAUGAGAUAUCCAUGUUCAACGAUAACUCAAACUUGA